GACAAACCGCAGUGCUCUAUGGGCCUCUAGGCCAUGUUGCUGAGUCAGGGGUUAGUACAAUGUGGCCACAGGUAUAAAAAGAAAGGUUUUAAACAGGUAGGAUAUCAGUUCCACAUCCAGAGCAGCAGCAGCAGCACAGAGAGACAAAAUGACCUCCACCGGCAUGAACAUGCACAGCAAAAUCACCUUCUACGAGGACAGGAACUUCCAGGGUCGUUCCUAUGAGUGCAUGAGCGACUGCCCUGACAUGUCCUCCUACCUGAGCCGCUGCCAGUCCUGCAGGGUUGAGAGUGGCUGCUUCAUGGUCUACGACCGCCCCAACUACAUGGGAAACCAGUGGUUCAUGAGGAGGGGAGAGUACUCUGACUACCAGCGCAUGAUGGGAAUGAACGACAUCAGGUCCUGUCGCAUGAUCCCCAUGCACAGAGGAUCUUACAGGAUGAGGAUCUACGAGAGGGAGAACUUCGGAGGUCAGAUGCACGAGAUGAUGGACGACUGUGACGACAUCAUGGGUCGUUACCGCAUGAACAACUGCAUGUCCUGCAACGUGAUGGACGGCCACUGGCUCAUGUACGAGCAGCCCCAGUACAGAGGCAGGAUGAUGUACAUGAGGCCUGGAGAGUACAGAAACUUCAAUCAGAUGAGCAUGGGCUCUAUGGGCAUGAGAUUCAUGAGCAUGAGGCGUAUCAAUGAGUCCUGUUACUAGAUAUUGCUUUACUAAUGUAAACAAGAGAAGCAAUUGAAUAAAAUGUAUCUAUUUUACCCUUUACCCAAACACCUUGACAGGCCAUACUGAAAACAUGCAAAUAUUUCAUAUACCUACCAAUUCUUAAUGACCGAAGAAAUACAUAAUAAUACAAAAAUCCAAAUGUGGCUUAAUUUACUGUUCCUAGAGUCUGAUUGCCAGUGUCUUUUCACAAAAAAAUAAAUAUAUACAUAUUACAAUAAUUA